AUGGGGGACAAGCUCCUGCCGCCCGACGCGCGGGGCGGGAAGGGGGCGGUGCACAGGGGGCUGCUGGCGCUGCUGGCGCUGGUCGGGCUGGGCUCCGUACUGCGGCCGCAGCGCGGGGCCAGGGCGGCCGAGCCAGGAAAUCGGCGCACCCCGCGCUCUGGCCGGCGCGACCCGGUCCUGCCGCGGCCGCCGGUGCUGGAGAACUCCCUGGGCGCGCACGGCGAGGCGGUGCGGCUGCAGCUGGAAGGCGAGGAGCUGCGGCGGCAGGAGGAGAGCGUGCAGCGGCACCAGAUCAACAUCUACCUUAGCGACCGCAUCUCUCUGCACCGCCGCCUACCGGAGCGCUGGAACCCACUGUGCAAAGAGACGAAAUAUGAUUAUGAUCAUUUGCCCACGACAUCUGUUGUCAUAGCAUUUUAUAAUGAAGCCUGGUCAACUCUCCUUCGGACAAUUUACAGUGUCCUUGAGACGUCCCCAGACACCCUGCUAGAAGAAGUUAUCCUCGUAGAUGACUACAGCGACAGAGAGCACCUGAAGGAACGCCUGGCCAAUGAGCUGUCGGGGCUGCCCAAGGUGCGCCUGAUCCGAGCCCACAAGAGAGAGGGCCUGGUGCGAGCCCGGCUGCUGGGGGCUUCCGCAGCUAAGGGGGACGUGCUGACCUUCCUGGACUGCCACUGUGAGUGCCACGAGGGGUGGCUGGAGCCGCUGCUGCAGAGGAUCCACGAAGAGGAGUCAGCAGUGGUGUGCCCUGUGAUUGAUGUGAUCGACUGGAACACCUUUGAGUACCUGGGGAACUCUGGGGAGCCUCACAUUGGCGGUUUUGACUGGAGGCUGGUGUUCACGUGGCAUGUGGUUCCCACGAGGGAGAGGAUGCGGAUGCGGUCUCCCAUCGAUGUCAUCAGGUCUCCAACAAUGGCUGGUGGGCUGUUUGCUGUGAGUAAGAAAUAUUUUGAAUAUCUGGGGUCUUAUGAUACAGGAAUGGAAGUUUGGGGCGGAGAAAACCUCGAAUUCUCCUUUAGGAUCUGGCAGUGCGGUGGGACCCUGGAGAUACACCCGUGUUCUCACGUUGGCCACGUUUUCCCCAAGCAAGCACCCUACUCUCGCAAAAAGGCGCUGGCCAACAGUGUCCGUGCAGCUGAAGUGUGGAUGGAUGAAUUUAAAGAGCUCUACUACCAUCGAAACCCCCACGCCCGUUUGGAGCCCUUUGGGGACGUGACAGAGAGGAGGCAGCUUCGUGCCAAGCUCCAGUGUAAGGACUUCAAGUGGUUCUUAGAGACUGUGUAUCCAGAACUGCAUGUGCCUGAAGACAGGCCUGGCUUCUUCGGGAUGCUCCAGAACAGAGGACUAAAAGAUUACUGCUUUGACUAUAACCCUCCCAAUGAACACGAUAUCACGGGACACCAGGUCCUCCUGUAUCUUUGUCAUGGGAUGGGUCAGAACCAGUUUUUUGAGUACACAUCCCAGAGAGAAAUUCGCUAUAACACCCAUCAGCCAGAGGCCUGCAUAGCUGUGGAGGCAGGAACGGAUAUUCUCAUCAUGCAUCUCUGUGAGGAAACGGCCCCAGAGAACCAGAAGUUCAUCUUGCAGGAGGAUGGUUCUAUGUUUCACAUACAGUCCAAUAAAUGUGUUCAGGCUGAGAAGAUGGCGUACCGUGACAGUUUCGUGCCACGCUUACGGGACUGCACCAGCUCGGAACAUCAGAAAUGGUUUUUCAAAGAACGCAUGCUAUAAAGUGUCACUGUACUAAGGAUCCUGUCAGAGAAGACGGGGGACCCCUGGACUCUGUACCAACAGAGACUUAGCUGAGUACAGUGACAGACCCACCGAAACUUGGCUGCUCUACUCCUGUAAGGAAAUUAUUGUGCAAUUUGUAAAAGUGGUGUUGGAUAUAGUAUGAAUGUGAAUGAGCUUUCUACUGAUUUUGAAAACUUUAAAAUUGUUCCCCAACACCCUGUUUUCAAAGGGUAAUCAUAAAAUGUUAGCUCUUGGUAUUCAGAGAAUUAAAAACCUUUAUUUUUCUAUCAAGAUAUAUAUUCUACUAUUGUGACUUUUUAUUCCCCCUAGCAAAAAAGUAAAUAUUUUAUUUUGAUAUUCGCAAAGAUUUCCAGGUAUGAAGACAUUUGCACAUGUGGACAUUAGGCUCAUGUAAUGGACUUCGCCUGAACUGAUAAUACUUCAGAUGUUGGGUUAGAUUUUUCUCAUCGUGGAUUGAUGGACAGUGUGAACAUCGUACUGAUUCCUCAGGUUGUUGAGAUAACCUACAUUUAUUUAAUCAAGAAUGCUAUUUGAUUAUGUGUCACUACCAUAGUCAAACCUCCAGUUAAAGUUUGUUAGCCAAAGAAGACUAACCAAAGCUGAAAUCUCAAAGGAACAACUUGAUGUACUGAGCUAAUAUAAACUUCUGCUGCACGAGCCUGACUUCAGCAAUGCCUGGCUGUGGUGUGGCUGGCUGCUUUUAGUAAUUACCACUACAACUUUAAAAUGUGUUUAUACCGUUUUUAACUUUUAAUCACGCAUGAGUGUUAGGGAGAAAUUUAAUGUUCUAUAUGAAAUUCAGCAUGCAAGUUCAUUCGUUAAUAGUAUUUGAUCAUUUAAACUGUUCUGUGCUGCAGUAGUUGCUGUGAAGGUCUGUCUCAGCAUUUCUGGUUUGUGAAAGAUCCCUGAUCCACUUCUGAGAUCUUGUCAACGUGACAAAGUCAAUGCGAAUGAUUAAAAAAAAAAUAUACAGGAGCAUCGCAGAUCUUUCUUUUUGCAACCAGUCAGAUGUGAGAGAUGAAGAAACCUGUGCAAUUGAUUUAAAAACAGCAACUUGUGUCUCAGGCUCUUUUUUUACAUACAUUUCCCUCUCUGAGGGAUCCAGUUUUACAAUUACGCAGAAAGAACUCCAGUUGACAUGGCUUGCAAGAACUUCAUUUUCUUAUCUGUAAAAUGGAAAUAAUGAAACCAAGCUUGCAGAGUAGGUGUUAGGAUUAAAUCGAAUAGAGCAGAUGAGGGUUUAGCUUGGUCCCUUGCAUACAGUAUGGAUUCAUUAAAUUCAUACUUUCAUAAAUGCACUUUAUAAAAUAUGAAACAUAAUAAACUUCAAUAGGUGUUUAUUCAAAAAUAAAGAUUAAAUAAUUUAGUUAUUUUAUCUUUAUGAGAUUAAAUAGCUCCUGAGUAUGAGCCCCUUCCAGCACAGCUGAGUUCUCUCCUAAAUGUAAGGUGCUGUGAGGCCAAGCCGUCCCUUCCACACCUGGUAACCUGUAAUAAUGGAGAUACGAGUCCCCCUUGCCUCCUCCUCCUGGCUUUUUCUGCACUGUUGGUCUGAGUUCUGUGGGAGUGUCAGCCCCUCCCAGGGUGUGGGAAGACAGUUCAGGCAGACAGAAAAUUAACGACCAAAAUCCGUGAUGAGUUCAGGGAGGCUACACUUGCAUUUUUGUGGGAGUUCUCUGGGAAAGGCAGUAAGUUGUCUUUGCUUGAGAAGUCAUCUGUCUUACUCAUGCCAUCAGUGUAUCUGGCAAUUUUUUAGGGUAGAAAAACCAAUAUAAAUCAAAACGUUUUGCAGGGUAUCGAGGGAAAUAUUUGCAGAGGCUGGGAGGCAAUAUACAAUAUUUUGAGGAAGCUUUUCCUUCACUGAUGGGUGAGGAGUCUGAGCCCAGAUGGGUCCCCACCUGCCCUACUGGAAGGUAUGAAUUGGCCUCCCGUUCUGGUCACCAGUAUGAUCAUUAUAUCAAUAACAAUGUAGACAAUGCAGGUGCAUUUGAAACUCAAGUUCAGGGAUGCUCAUCCCUGUCAUCAGAUACCUACUUACAUUUGAGAAGUUUCCUUUUUGAAAACUGAUUUAAUAAACUCCUUACAUGUCA